AUGACUCAAUCAAUAAAGGCCGUGUACCAUAUUAGUUCAAGGUCAGCAAACAUAUUUCACAUUGGAUUGGAUGUGUAUUUGCAGAAGCUACGACAAAGAAGAAAGAUGAGGCAGAAAUCAAAGGAACAAAAUCCAUGGAGGAAGGGGCAUUCACUUAACAAAAUGAUUGUUAGGAUCGCCUCGCCAAGUCAAAUAAGAAAUAGUCGCCAGAGGAUUCCGACUCUCGAUUUAUAUAUCGUGAUGAACGAUAAUAAAGUAGACAGAAAUGAUGGGACCACUCGACCUCCAUCAGAUCCUCUUCUCCAAUGGAGCAAAUGGCAGUUACUCGAUUCCAUUCUCCCGACUGGAGGAUUCGCCCAUUCCUUUGGUCUCGAGGCCGGAAUGCAAUCACGCAUAGUCUCCCACCCCGAAGACCUCCAAACACACGUAAUCCACGUCCUCGAGAACACCGCAAGUCUCCUCCUUCCUUUCGUCUACUCCGCCACAAUAUCGCCAGAUGUUGACACGUGGCAACAUCUCGACGCCAUUUUAGACGCAACACUAACAAACGAAGUGAGCCGAAAGGCAUCGGUUUCACAGGGGUCAGCAUUGAUGAGGGUAUCGGCUUCGGUUUUCACUGAGAUUCCGGCUCUGAAGAUGAUGAGAAACGUGGGGUUAAGCAGUCGGAAUGUGUGGUUCCACCAUGCCCCGGUUUUUGGGGUGGUUUGUGGGUUGAUUGGGUUGGAUGGGGAAACGGCUCAGAGGGCGUAUUUGUUUGUGACGAUGAGAGAUGUUAUAUCGGCGGCAACCAGGCUGAACCUGGUGGGGCCGCUUGGUGCCGCCGUGUUGCAACACCAGGUCGCGGUGGUUGCCGAGGAAGUUUUGAUGAAGUGGAAGAACCGGGAAGUGGAUGAAGCGUGUCAAACGAGUCCGUUGCUUGAUACAGUGCAGGGGUGCCACAGCUACCUGUUUUCAAGGCUGUUCUGUUCAUGACUUGUAAGACAAUAAUUGUAAACGUUUGCCUUUGUUUUGUGGUCAAAUAUAUGUUUAACACCUUUUAUGAAUGAAAUAUGAUUAUGACUUACA